AUGCCUCAAACUCCUUCAACAAGGUGGUGCCCAACACCAGAACAAAAGAUGGAACUUGAGAACAUGUUUAUUAGUGGGUUGCAGAGGCCAGAUGCAUCUCAAAUACAAAUGAUAACAGCAUACUUGUCCUGCUAUGGCAAGAUAGAAGGAAAGAAUGUGUUCUAUUGGUUCCAAAACCAGAGAGCAAGAGAGAGGCAGAAGCUCAGACAAAGACUUGCUAUGCAGCUAGUCCUUCCUAACCUUAACUUUAAUAACCAGUUAAUCCACACCUUUGAAGAACCUCCUCUUCAUCUUCAAGAAGGAACUCAGGAUGCAGACCAGGCAAUGAAUUUACUGAGCAAGUUGGAUGCUAAUGGGAAGAAUGAAGUAAUCGGCAUGGAGAGUGGUAUCGGUACGAGUUACGGUUAUGAUGUUCAUCCAUGCAGCAGGCCUCUCAUAACGCUGGAUCUUUUCCCUUGCAAAAGUACUGGUCUGAGAGAUGAGUGCAGUCCCUCCUCCAAGAACUCAUCUUGCUCCACUUACACUGAUCUAUAA